GCGGCCGCUACUCCGGUUGCAACUCUACCGCACUGGGUCGUUCUUUUUGGUUUUCCUACGGGCCGCUGGCGAGCAUGAAAGGGCUCCUCUGCUGGGAGUGAAAGAAGGAGUUUGCCAAGGAGCGCAUUGCACGCGGCCGGGUCCCGGGAGUCCCAGCGGAUUGGAAGUUUGUGCCGGGCCCGAGUGCACACCGGCUGCGGAGCACCGGGCAGAGCAGAGGCCGCCGGGCCGCCAUGGGCACGCCGAGGUUCUGUGUGCCCGCCGCCGCGCUGGGGCUGCUGCUGGGCGCCCUGCUGGGGCGCGUGGGCCCAGCGCAAGGCAGCGGCCGCGGGGCAGUCGGGCAGCUCUCCGGGGUGAUCGCCGAGCGCGCGUGCCCCUCUUCCUGCCGCUGCCUUGGAGAUCUGCUGGACUGCAGUCGCCAGAGGCUGGUGCACCUUCCCGAGCCGCUGCCGCCCUGGGUCGUUCGGCUGGACUUAAGUCACAACAGAUUAUCUUUCAUCAAGGCAAGUUCCGUGAGUCACCUUCAAAGCCUUCAAGAAGUGAAACUGAACAACAAUGAAUUGGAGACAUUUCCAAAUCUGGGGCCAGUCUCAGAAAAUAUCACAUUUCUCUCUUUGGCUGGAAACAGAAUUUCUGAAGUAUUACCUGAACAUCUGAAGCAAUUUCAGUCUCUGGAAACUUUGGACUUGAGUAGCAACAAUAUUUCAGAGCUUAAAACUGCGUUUCCACCUCUACAACUCAAAUAUCUGUUUCUUAAUAGCAAUCGUGUCACCUCCAUGGAGCCUGGGUGUUUUGACAACCUGGGCAGUUCUCUGCUGGUGCUGAAGCUCAACAGGAACCGGAUUUCAGUGAUCCCUCCCAAGAUGUUCAAACUGCCCCAGCUGCAACACCUUGAACUGAACCGAAACAAGAUUAAAAAUGUAGAUGGACUCACAUUCCAAGGGCUUGGUGCUCUGAAGUCACUGAAAAUGCAAAGGAAUGGCGUGACAAAGCUUAUGGAUGGAGCAUUUUGGGGCCUGAGCAACAUGGAAAUCCUUCAGCUGGACCACAACAACCUCACCGAGAUCACCAAAGGCUGGCUUUACGGCUUGCUGAUGCUGCAGGAGCUGCAUCUCAGCCAGAAUGCCAUCACCAGGAUCAGCCCAGAUGCCUGGGAGUUCUGUCAGAAGCUCAGUGAGCUAGACCUGACUUUCAAUCACUUAUCAAGAUUAGAUGAUUCAAGCUUCCUGGGCCUGAGCUUACUGAAUACUCUGCACAUUGGAAACAACAGACUCAGCUACAUUGCGGAUUGUGCCUUCCGGGGGCUUUCCAGUCUAAAGACGCUGGACCUGAAGAACAAUGAGAUUUCCUGGACGAUUGAAGACAUGAACGGUGCCUUCUCCGGACUUGACAAGCUGAGGCGCCUAAUUCUCCAGGGAAACCGGAUUCGAUCUAUUACCAAAAAAGCUUUUACUGGUUUGGAUGCACUGGAACAUCUAGACCUGAGUGACAAUGCAAUCAUGUCUUUACAAGGCAAUGCCUUUUCACAAAUGAAGAAACUUCAGCAAUUGCAUCUAAAUACAUCCAGCCUUUUGUGUGAUUGCCAACUCAAGUGGCUUCCUCAGUGGGUGGCUGAGAACCACUUUCAGAGCUUUGUCAAUGCCAGCUGUGCCCAUCCUCAGCUGCUGAAAGGAAGAAGUAUUUUUGCUGUGAGCCCCGACGGCUUUGUGUGUGAUGACUUUCCCAAGCCACAGAUCACGGUGCAGCCAGAAACACAGUCGGCAAUAAAAGGCUCCAAUUUGAGUUUCAUCUGCUCGGCUGCCAGCAGCAGCGACUCCCCAAUGACCUUUGCUUGGAAAAAAGACAAUGAACUUCUCCAUGAUGCCGAGAUGGAGAAUUACGCCCACCUGCGGGCCCAGGGCGGCGAGGUGAUGGAGUACACCACCAUCCUGCGGCUGCGCAGCGUGGAGUUUGCCAGCGAAGGGAAGUACCAGUGCGUCAUCUCCAACCACUUCGGCUCAUCGUACUCCGUCAAAGCCAAACUCACCGUCAAUAUGCUUCCCUCAUUCACCAAGACUCCCAUGGACCUCACCAUCCGUGCCGGAGCCAUGGCCCGGCUGGAGUGUGCCGCUGAGGGGCAUCCGGCCCCGCAGAUCGCCUGGCAGAAGGAUGGGGGCACAGACUUCCCGGCAGCGAGGGAGAGGCGCAUGCAUGUGAUGCCCGAGGAUGACGUGUUCUUCAUUGUGGACGUGAAGAUUGAGGACAUUGGGGUGUACAGCUGCACAGCCCAGAACAGUGCAGGAAGCAUCUCUGCAAAUGCAACGCUGACCGUCCUAGAAACCCCAUCGUUUCUGCGGCCCCUGUUAGACCGAACAGUCAGCAAGGGCGAGACAGCUGUCCUGCAGUGCAUCGCUGGGGGCAGCCCUCCUCCGAAGCUGAACUGGACCAAGGAUGACAGCCCCUUGGUGGUGACCGAAAGGCACUUUUUCGCAGCCGGCAAUCAACUGCUGAUUAUUGUGGACUCGGACGUCAGCGACGCUGGAAAGUACACGUGCGAAAUGUCUAACACCCUCGGCACAGAGAGAGGCCACGUGCGCCUCAGUGUGAUCCCCACGCCCACCUGCGACUCCCCACAGAUGACCGCUCCGUCACUGGACGAUGACGGGUGGGCCACCGUGGGCGUUGUGAUCAUAGCCGUGGUGUGCUGCGUGGUGGGCACGUCGCUUGUGUGGGUGAUCAUCAUUUACCACACGAGGCGGAGGAACGAAGACUGCAGCAUCACCAACACAGAUGAGACCAACUUGCCUGCAGAUAUCCCCAGCUACCUGUCAUCCCAAGGAACGCUGGCUGACAGACAGGAUGGGUACAUCUCAUCCGAGAGUGGCAGUCACCACCAGUUCAUCACGAAUUCGGGCGGGGCAUUUUUCUUGCCACAGCAUGACAGUAAUGGGAACUGCCACAUAGACAACAGCAGCGAGGCCGAGGUGGAAGCUGCCACGGACCCGCUCCUCUGUCCCUUCCUGGGCUCCCCGGGACCUGUGUACCUGAAGGGGAGUGGUUACAGCACAGAUCCACUGGAAGCUUAUCAUGCAGGUUGCAGUCCUGACCCAAGAGCAGCUUUACUUGAUCCCUAUGAGUCCAGUUAUGUCAAGAAACAGGAGUGCCCCCCUUGCUCUCACCCUGCGGAAGAAUCCUGUGAACGGAGCUCCAGUAGGCUAGGAUGGCCUUCUCAUGUGAGGAAGCUCCUGCAUUCCAGCUGUGCACCCAAUGAAGGCCCUGGAACAAAAAGCAGGUGUCUAGACAAGUCCUCUGUUGAGUUCAGCACCAGCCCGGAGCUAAUGUCCGUUACUCCAAGCAGUUGUUUCAUGGGUACAUUUGGAAAACCUCUGAGGAGAUCACACCUGGAAGCCUUUUCCAGUUUUGGACAGACACCAGACGGUCAUUCCAGAGCCUGCCACUUGAAACCUUCGUCUUCCCCAGGCUUGGACUCUGAGUCAGAGGAAGAAGAGAGGGAAAGGACAGGUGUUCAGGAAGAAAAUCCCUCAUGUUCCUACAAACAGACCUUAGGAAACUAUAGGACUCCAACUUUUCAGUCUUAUGCUUUGGACACAUAGACUGAAUGGGACCAAAGGAAAUUUUAACAUACUACCUCAUGUGGACUUUUAUUUAAAAAAAGACAGAGAAUCCUAUGUUUUUAAAUGGAGCUAUGAAUUUUAAAAGGAUAAAGUGCUUUAUUUAUACAGAUGAACCAAAAUGACAAAAAGUUAUAAAAAUUUUAUACUGGGAGUAACUUUCAUAUAAAAAUAUCCCCUUUAAAACUAUUUUAUAAUGUUGUUUUAUGCAAAAAGUAUCUUAUGUAAAUUAAUGGUAUAAAUCCCUGACUGUUUUAUGUAUUUUUAUAAUGCCAGAUUUCUUUUUAUUGAAACUGAGUACUAAAGUGUUUUAAAAUAAUACCCGUCUUGUACCUUUUUUCAAUAGAGAUCACUUCGUUUUAUUUUGCACAUUACAUUUAAUAAAAGGUGUCAUUUUGA